AAAAAUUCCUCUGAUCCUAGGGCGCCACCCUAAACGUCAAGCACCGUGCGUCAAGUUAUGUUUUGUAUAUCACAAUAGAAUGGUGAUGGAAAGUUUAAAAGAAUUAUUAAAAAAGAAAUUGGAGUCGAACGGAGGUAAAAAGGAUCCAGCAGAUAUUGAAAAAGAAGAAGAAAAAUAUUUUCAAUCUUUUUAUAAAAAAUGGAAGGGAACGAGUGCUGAAGAUACUGAUGCAACUUACAAAGUUAUUCCAAAAUUUUAUUUUAAGUUACCCAAAGAAGAUGAAAUAUUACCUCAAAAACUAAGAGAAGAAACACGUGCCUUAUUUCUUCAAAGAAGAUCACGACAACUAUUAGAUAAUAAUGAAUUAAAAGCUUUAUGGGUGCUCUUAGACAAGCACCAUAGUCCACCACUUUCUAACGAUGAACAGCUCAUCAAUUAUGAGGAUUUUAAACAAGUAGGAAAAUUAGCAGGAGCUAAAUGUGCUCCAUAUUUUACAGCUGUAGUUUUUGCUAAAUUACAACAAGGUGAUCCUCAUGGAAGAAUAAGUAUCAUGGCUUUGUUCAAUUAUGUGAUGAGAAAGGUUUGGUUGCAUCAAACACGAAUUGGUCUUUCAUUAUACGACGUUACUGGACAAGGGUAUCUUCGUGAAUCGGAUCUGGAAAACUAUAUUUUGGAAUUAAUUCCAACACUGCCACAACUUGAAGGACUGGAAAAAUCAUUUCACUCCUUUUAUGUCUGUACAGCUGUUAGAAAAUUUUUAUUUUUCCUCGAUCCCUUAAGAACAGGUCGAGUACGAAUACAAGAUAUAUUAGCAUGUAGUUUUUUGGAUGAUCUUUUAGAAUUACGAGAUGAGGAUCUUCCGAAGGAUCUUCAAGAAGCUAACUGGUUUUCGGCUCCAUCUGCUUUAAAAGUUUAUGGUCAAUAUCUCAAUUUAGAUCGAGAUCAUAAUGGAAUGCUUAGUAAAGAAGAGUUAUCCGGUUAUGGAACUGGAACAUUGACUGGAGUUUUUUUAGAACGAGUUUUUCAAGAAUGUUUGACUUAUGAAGGAGAAAUGGAUUAUAAAACAUACUUAGAUUUUGUAUUAGCACUGGAAAAUCGACAUGAACCUCAGAGUCUUCAUUAUUUAUUUCGUAUUUUAGACAUUAAUAAUCGUGGAUAUUUGGAUACUUUUUGCUUAAAUUAUUUCUUUCGAGCCAUUCAAAAACAAAUGACUAUUCAUGGACAGGAACCUGUAAGCUUUGAAGAUGUUAAAGAUGAAAUAUUCGAUAUGGUCAAGCCUGCUGAUCCUUAUAAAAUUACUUUACAAGACCUUCUUUCAUGUGGCCAAGGUGACACUAUGAUUAGUAUUUUAAUUGAAUUUCACGAAUUCUGGGCUUAUGAAAAUCGUGAAACAAUGGCUGCUGAUACUGGCGAAGAAUCUUCAAAUGUAUAAAUGUUAAUUUUACUUUUUAUUUCUUUUUUAAAAUAAAUAUUGGUUGAAUAAGUUUUAA